UUAGAGACACCGGGAAAUGUUCAAAACCCACCGGUUGUUGAGACCUCGUAUUUCGACAGUUCGGGUAAUAAUCAACAGGUGAUUAAUAACCCACAAAGAUUUGAUUGGACUUCCAGAAGGAGAGGAAAUCAGUCAACUCCUGACUAUAGGGGCGGCAGUUAUACAUAUCAAACCCGUCGAUACAACACUAGUGUUGGAACCAGUCGUACGGGUUCUGUAAAUGGACAGUCAUUUCAGACACCCAUACUAUGGCAGAACAGGACGUGGCACUGGUCUACCAACAGGACCCGCGAUUAUGAUCCAGAUUUAGACGGAACAACAGUUGUGCCGCCCCUUCAACCCCUUCAACCCUAUCAUCCCGAUAAACAUGAAGAAUGGGACGGAACUGAAUUAAUUAGAUACCCAACCGAUGACCGCCACCCAUUGGCUAUCUAUGGUUCGGGACGUUGUGAUGAAUUACAGGCCUGUUAUCCGGCGACAGGAAAUCUGUUGAUAGGAAGGGAAGAGAAGUUAAUGUCUUCGUCGACAUGUGGUCUGCAAAAGAUGGACAGGUAUUGCAUUGUAAGUCAUCUCAAAGAGAAGAAGAAAUGUUUUUAUUGUGAUUCGAGACCACAAAACAAAAACAAUGCGCGUCUUUAUCACGGCAUCGAAAACAUCGUACAGAGGAUUGGUCGUAAGCGUAAGCAAACGUGGUGGCAGGCAGAGAACGGCGCCGAACAUGUGUCCAUUGGCUUUGAUUUGGAGGCUGAGUUCCACUUCACUCAUCUCAUCAUUACAUUCAAGACAUUUCGUCCGUCAGCUAUGCUUAUCGAGAGAUCGCAUGAUUUCGGUCGCACGUGGAAUAUCUACCAAUACUUUGCGUACGAUUGUGUGGACUCUUUCCCAGGAGUUCCAGUGGGUCCGCGACAGAAGAUAAGUGAUGUGGUCUGCGAUUCGCACUAUUCUGGUGUCGAGCCUUCAACUGAAGGGGAAGUCAUAUUCCGAGUGCUUCCGCCAAAUAUCCGAAUUGACGACCCGUACAGUCCGGAAGUGCAAAACCUCUUAAAGAUGACUAAUUUAAGAAUCAAUUUCACAAAAUUACAUAAUUUAGGCGACAAUUUGCUUGACUCAAGAGAUGAGAUUAAAGAGAAAUAUUACUAUUCUAUCUAUGAUAUGGUUGUGAGAGGCAGUUGUUCUUGUUAUGGACACGCGAGCAGAUGUAUUGCAGACCCCGGACAGGAAACCAUACCUGAUAUGGUGUACGGACGGUGUGAAUGCACUCAUCACACCAAAGGUCUUAAUUGUGAACAGUGCGAGGACUUCCACCACGAUGUCCCCUGGAAACCAGCCAUUGGACGACAAACUAAUGCUUGCAAAAUUUGUAACUGCAAUAGUCAUGCAAAGCGGUGCCACUUUGAUCCGGCUGUCUAUGAGGCGACCGGUAAAGUAAGUGGUGGUGUUUGUGACGAUUGCCAGCACAACACAAUGGGUCGCAACUGUGAACAAUGCAAACCGUACUUCUAUCGAGAUCCGGGUCGGCGUAUUGAAGACCAUAAUGUCUGUCAGCCAUGUGAUUGUGAUCCCCGCGGAUCUCUUGAUGACGCUCUGUGUGAUGAACACACGGAUAUUGGGUCGAGUCUGGAGGCCGGCAAAUGUCACUGCAAGCGCAAUGUUGAGGGCAGGCGUUGCGACAAAUGUCUGCCUGGAUUCUGGAAUUUCAUUGAGUCUAACCCCGAUGGAUGUGAACAAGUUUCCAAAGGGUCGGCUGACACUCAGAUUACUCCUCGAGAGCCACACGGAGAUAGAAUGGUUACGUGGACUGGACUCGGAUUUAUAAGAGCAUAUCCCGGCACUAGACUUGAGUUUGAUGUGACAGAUAUACCCGAAACUAUGGAUUAUGAUAUAGUCGUCAGAUAUGAACCACAAUUGGCGGGCGUAUGGGAAGGAGUGAAAGUUGUUAUAGACAGCCCAUAUCCUGUAGAUCCUCGUGGAUAUUGUAACAGAUCAUUGACUCAGCAAAACACCAGAAUUGUAUCGCUGGCCGCAACCGAUCGAUAUGUUGUCGUCAAUAAUGUUUGUCUCGAAAGAGGCAAACAAUAUAAGAUUAGACUUGAAAUUAAUGAUUACGACAGCAAUAUAGACAGAGACAGUGCAUCGAUACUAAUUGAUUCGGUAGUUAUAAUUCCCCGAAUGGAAAACAUACCGUUUUUUAAAGGCAAUCAAAUCAAUGAGUUUAAAAGACAAGAGUUUGAACGCUUUCGUUGCGGUUCAUCAUAUUAUUCAGUGACCAGACUUGCAGAGCCCCCAGAGAUAUGUCGCAAAUACUUAUAUAGCGUUGGUUUCUAUGUGUUUGGCGGCGCCUAUGCCUUGUAUGCAACACAUUGGGCGGUCAGUGCCAGUGCAGACCUAAUGUCUUUGGACGGCAUUGUGAUCAAUGCAGACCUGGAUUUUAUGGAUUCAGUCCAGACGGUUGCAAAGCUUGCGAUUGUCAUAGCGUUGGGUCACUGGACAACUUUUGUGACACACAGUCGGGUCAAUGCAAAUGCCGUUCGGGAACAUACGGUCGUCAGUGUGACGAAUGCCAACCCGGACUUGUGUGACUCCAAAACUGGAGUUUGCAUUAACUGCAGAGACUUUACUACUGGUCACCGAUGCGAGCGAUGCGAACGCGGAUAUUACGGAAACCCACUCAUCUUAAACGAGGUGUCCAUCCCAUGCAGAGCCUGUCCCUGUCCGGGCAUCUCAGGCAGUGGUAUGAGUCACGCCGAGUCCUGUCAACUGGAGCCCCGUUCCCAGAAUGUCAUCUGUCAUUGUCUCAGUGGCUAUAGUGGCGAACGAUGCGACACAUGUGAUAAUAAUUACUUUGGAGAGCCGGCAAUUCCUGGCGGCCAAUGCCGUCAGUGCGAGUGCAGCAAUAAUAUAGAUAUCGCUCAACCCGGCAAUUGUGACUCCAGAACCGGUGAAUGCCUGAGAUGUCUGUACAACACGGCUGGAGCGCAUUGUCAACAUUGCAAACCAGGUUUCUGGGGUGAGGCAGCUCUCCAACAGUGCAUUGAAUGCGUAUGCAAUCCAUUGGGAACUGAUGUCAAUUCUGUCACAUGUGAUCACUUGACCGGUCAGUGUCCGUGUCUUCCCAAUGUUUUGGGCAAAUCAUGUGACAGAUGUGCUGUCAAUCAUUGGAAGAUUGCCAGUGGAGAGGGGUGUGAGGCCUGUGACUGCGACCCUCAGGGCUCAUAUACUCUGAAAUGCAAUGAAUUUGAUGGUCAGUGUCAUUGUCGACCCGGACAUGGAGGUCGCAAAUGCAACGAAUGUCAGCCUAACUUUUGGGGCGAUCCUAGAGUUCAAUGCUAUCAUUGUGAGUGCAAUCCUUCUGGUUCUGCGACUCUUCAAUGUUUGCGAAACAACGGGUCGUGUGUAUGCAUUGACGGCAUAUCAGGGCCGCGAUGUGACAGAUGUGCGCGCGGUUUCACCGGUAAAGCGCCUCAUUGUGAUCCCUGUGGCGAGUGCUUUGACAACUGGGACCUAACCAUUACCACUCUAAAAGACCAUACGCUCCGAUUGUUGGACUCUGCGAGACGUAUCAAACAAACCGGUACUACCGGUGCCUACACUACAGAGUUUACAAACAUUGACAACAGUCUCACUGAAAUCGAGUCAAUACUUUCGGGUCAAAACAUAACAGAGGCUGACAUCACAACCAUUGAGGAAAUGAUAGAACAGUUGCGACGAAAUCUGACGGAAACACAAACUAUUUUAACGGGUUUUGAGAGUCAAAUGGAAGGCAUUAACAAAAGGAUAUUAGCGGCAAAUCUAGCGCUAAAUGACUUGAGACGCAAAUCACAAGACUUGCAGUUCUCUGCGGACGCUCUGCGAGAGAAUGCAACCAAAUUACAAGAGGCCAACGUUGAGGGCGCCUUCAAUAUCACCAGAGAUGCCCAAAGGAGAUCCCGAGCCAGUGAGCAGCGCAUCAGAGAGACUAUGCCUACACUCUAUGAGUCGGAACGUAAACGACGGCAAACAGAGCGACUCUUGGAUCAAGUGUCCAGUCGUUACAACGCAUCCAUUGGUGAUAACGAACAAUCACUGAACGAUAUAUCGAGAAAGAUAUCCUUAUUGGAAGACAAGAUUCCCAAUAUCAAUGAAAUGGUAUGCGAUGGACGCGGAACUGUCUCUACAUGCGAUUCUUUAUGUGGAGGCGCGGGUUGUGGUAAAUGCGGAGGUUUGAGUUGCACUAAAGGCGCCACAACUAAAGCAGACAAUGCUCUCGAGUUGGCCACGAAAGCAGACGGUGUGCUUAAAGACAAAGAAAAGAGUGCCAGAAAUGAAUUGAAUGGUAUAUUAGAAGCACGACAUAAGUCGGAGGAAGCUUUGAGAGAAGCAAAGGCUGCUUAUGACAGAGCUAUUGGAGCCAAGAAUACAUCGGUUGAGACCACUCUAGAAGUGCAACAACUUCUCGAUUCUAUUGAAACAUUUCUUGGAGAAGAAGCCUCUCGUCCCGCAGAAAUACGAACUAUGGCUGAAGAGUGUCUCGCACUGGAGAUCUCGCUCAGACCCGAACAAAUUCAAGACUUAGCCAAACAGAUCAAUGAAACCAUUGCUGGACUCACAGAUAUCACUAAGAUAUUGAUGGAAACCGCAGGAGAUUUAGCAAAUGCUAAUAGACUUAAGGAAAGAGCUGACAGAGCGAAACAACGAGCGGAUGGAAUCCUUGGUCAGGCAGAAGAAGUACAGAAUGCACUUAAAGAGGCUCUGGACGCUCAAAGGAAGGCAGAGACAGCCAUUGCCAAAGCUAAUGGCGACAUCAAUAGUGCCACAGGAGAUUUGGCUCAAAUCGAAAGUGAGACUCAAUCGGCAGCACUGAAUGCAGAAAAGGCCGGUUCGGGAAUCAGUGAUCUUCAGAAACGAUUGGACGAAUUGAAAAAGAAGUUUGCUUUGAAUGAGUUGGAAAUGAGAAAAGCAGACAACGAGGCAAACAUAGCGGCUAAGAAUGCUGAAGAAGCGGGUCAGGCGGCACAAGAGUUGGAACAGAGGUUUAAUGAGGCGUCGCGUAAGUUGGAAGAUAAGGCCCGCGCCAGCGGUGCUGUCAAAGAAAGGGCUGAGAACUUGAGAGAAAGGGCCAAAAAAUUGGCUGAAAAUGCAAACGAAAAGCUCGGAAUACUUCAAGAAAUGGAAGACGGAUUCCAUGAGAAUGAAAAACGUCUGAAUGAAUCCCAGAAAACAAUCGAUGAAUUAAAUAAAUCAAUGGGUCUUCACUUGAUUUACAUCGAAGAAAAAUCAACGUUUUAUCGUAACUGUCAGGGAUAGGCCACAGCCAUCAGCCGACAGUCCAAUCACUCAUCACUUAAUCAAUGGAUGUAUAGUUUAUUACAUAAACUUAGUCUAACUGUUAUUAAAGAAACCACUCUUAAUGUCUUUUAUAUUAAAACAUUAUUUUCCAUUACUUAUUAGAAAUAAGUGCCAAAACACUAAUUAAUUGAUCUUUUAUAUAAAUAAACAAAUUAAUGACCACUUCUUAUGAUAAGAAUCUCAUAACAAAUGUACUCAAAGUCUGAUUUAAAUGUAAUAAAAUUAUAAUUUUUUAAAUGCUUUUUA